AUGUUGGAGCUGCGGCUGGUGCAGGCGACCCUCUUCAAGAAUGUCGUGGAGGCGCUCGGCGACCUGUUUAGUACGGCCCACUUCAACUCCUCUAGAACGGGCUUGGAGCUCCAGGCCAAGGACAACAGCCGCGUCACGCUCAUCAUGCUCCUCCUCCGCGCCGAGGCCUUCGACCACUACCUUUGCGACCGCGGCCUCUCCAUGGGCCUCAACCUCGCCGGCAUGGCCAAGGCUUUCUGCUGCACCAACAACGACGACAUCAUCACCAUCAAGGCCGAGGAGGACUGGUCCGACACCGUUACCUUCACGUUCGAGUCGCCCGAGGAUGGUGAUGAGAUUUCAUAUUUUCAUUUUGAUUUCAUGGUCAUCAAUGGCGUGCCCCUCGAAAUCCCGGAAUACCCGGAAUCCGAGUACCAGGCCAUAGUCCGCAUGCCCUCUGCCAAGUUUAUGCCUAUCUGCAACAAGCUCAGUAGCUUCGGGGACAGGGACACUGUUGUCAUUAUCUCGGUGGAUAAGGAGAGUGUCGACUUCCUUUCUCGGGGAAAAACUGGGACCUUAACAAUUUUCUGCAGAGAAACCCAAACUGUUGACAAGCCAAAAGAACCUACCCUUAUAGAGAUGAAAGAAAAGGUUUCCCUGAUGUUUGACCUGAGGUACAUGAACUCCUCCAAGGCGUCUACCCUGUCUGAUCAAGUGACUAUCAGUCUUUCAUCCAAGCUACCCGCGGUGUUCGAGUACAAGAUCACAGAGAUGAGCUGCAUCAGAUAUUACAUGUUGCCAAGGAAUGAAGGAAGGUGAGAUGCAGAAUGAGGGAGAUGAGAUGCAGA